CUCUUUCGUUUCCAGCGCUGCAAACCCACAUACAGCAGCACAACUAUGGACGCUCCGGUGCUCCCGAUGCCGGCUCCGCUCUGCCUGGUGACCAACAAGGACGGCGUGCUCACCCUCAACCCUGCAGCGCUGGCAGUGCUGCAGGAGGUGGCCCAGCCUAUGGUGGUGGUGGCCAUCGCUGGGCCCUACCGCACCGGGAAGUCCUUCCUGAUGAACCGGCUGGCACAGAAGCGCACUGGCUUCCCACUGGGCCCCACGGUGUAUGCGGAGACCAAGGGCAUCUGGAUGUGGUGCCUGCCCCACCCACACCGUCCGGGAGUGACCUUGGUGCUGCUGGACACCGAGGGGCUGGGAGACCCCAGCAAGGAUGAUAACCACAGCGAUGCCUGGAUCUUCACGCUGGCACUGCUGCUCUCCAGCACCCUGGUGUACAACAGCGUUGGCACCAUCGACCAGCGAGCACUGGAGCAGCUGCGGCUGGUAACGGAGCUGUCAGAGCACAUCCGCGUGCGGGAGAAGGACGACAACCCAGCAUUCAACUUUGUUGGCAUCUUCCCUGGCUUCGUUUGGACUGUGCGUGACUUCAUGCUGCAGCUGCGGGCCGGUGAAAAGACCCUGAGUGAGGACGAGUACCUGGAGGAUGUGAUGCGACUGCAGACCGGGGGCGGGCAGAAGGCCCAGGAGCGCAAUGAGCUGCGGCGCUGCCUGCGCAACUUCUUCCCCCGCCGCAAGCUGUUCACGAUGGAGCGGCCGGCAGCUGACGCCGAUCUGACGCGGUUGGAGGAGCUGCGGGAGGAUGAGCUGCAGCCAGGCUUCCGGAAACAGGUGGACGCCUUCUGCCGGUACAUCUGGGAGGAGGCGCCGGUGAAGGUGCUGCCGGGUGGGCACCAGGUGACGGGCAGCGCGCUGGCAUACCUUACGGAGAAAUACGUGGCGGCCAUCAGCAGCGGCUCUGUGCCCUGCGUGGAGAGUGCGGUGAAAGCACUAGCGCGGGCCGAGAACACAGCAGCAGUUCAGGCAGCGGUGGCCGAAUACCAGCGGGGCAUGGAGCAGGACCUGGUGCUGCCCACAGCCUCAUAUGACGCACUGUUGGCUGUGCAUCGGGACUGUGAGCAACGCGCCAUCACCCUCUUCCUGUCCCGUGCCUUUGCCGACCAUGAACACCAGUACCAUGACAAGCUGGUGGACAAGCUGGAGAUGGCCAAAGAGGAGUUCUGCCAGCGCAACAAGGAGGCGUCGGAGCAGCGGUGCCGCACGGUGCUGCAGGAGCUGUGGAGGGACGUGGAGCUCCGCCUGCAGCGUGGGGACUACGUGGCACGUGGUGGUGCUCAGCUGUUCAAGGAUGACCUGAACCGCGUGCUGGAGGAGUACAAGCAGCGGCAUGACAAGGGUGUCAGGGCGGAGGCGGUGCUGAAGGAGUUCCUGCGGGAGCACGAGGGGCUGGCACAGGUGCUGAAGGCCACUGAGGUGCAGCUGGAGCUGGCGGAGCGGCAGCAGGAGGCGGCAGCAGCCGAGGCAGAGGCGGCCCGGAAGGCGGCAGAGGCAUGGAGGGAGGAGCAGCAGCGCAGCAUGGAGGAGCACAAACGUCAGCUGGAGCAGUGGAUGAAGGAAGAGCAGCGCACAUGGCUGGAGGAGCAGCAGCGCGUGCUGGAGCACCACAGGAAGGAGUAUGAAGCACUGCUGCGGGAGGGCUUCAGGCUUGAAGCGGCAGCCAUGGGGAUUCAGAUCUUAGUGCUGAUGAGGGCCUUCGUGUGCACUGUACUCUGAACUUGCUGAGCAUUGUGCCACCAUUCCAGUCCGGUGCGGCAGUCAUGGCAAUGAAGAUUGUCACCAAACUGCAAUGUGUGACAUAGCCUGUCCCCCAGCAGCUUUCUCUGCAAUAAAUCCAGUGGCACUACCCAGGCAAUGUCAUUUGGGGGAAACAUGGGGCUCCAUGCCAGGAAAGCAAAGGAAGCAGAAGCAGAGUGUGGACUGUGGGCCCUGGAUGUACAUUCGUUUUCAGUUCCAGAGCUGUCUAUGUUAUUUGUCUCACAUGUAAUUAAUGAAUAUGUAUUGCCUGUGGAAACAUAAGGGAUUCUGAAUUAUGUAAGCUCUGAGGCACUUACAGUGGAAAUAUCCCCGGAGCUUCCUGGCACCAUAAGAAACAUACCUGCUUUAUAACUUCACACGGGGUAUAGAGUUUGAUUCCACAUGUCAGCUCACAUGCAACAGCAGUGGGUA